CUACUAGUUGCCCCCCAUCUUGACCCUCUCAUUUUUAUUUAUUCUUAUUUUAUUUGAUAUUAUUAUUAUUAUUAUUAUUAUUAUUAUUAUUAUUUUCAAUUUCAAUUUCCAAUCCCAAUUGAAAAACACAGCCAUAGCCAUAGCCGCCUUUGCCUUUAGCUGCUUGCUCUUAUGAUAAAUACACUCUCAGGUUUCAACCUAAUUGGUUUCAAUUCGUUAUUUCAUUUUCAAGUUUGUGUUCGUUUCUGACUCCUCUCAAAGCUUUGUUCUGUUUCUCUUACCAAUACUAGGUCAUGGAUUGGUACUACGGGAGUGAUGUUAACGAUUUUCUUGUUCCAAAAGAUCAGGAUUUAUUGGAUAGGCAUCCUUCACCAGGCUGUUGGUCAAACUGGGGAGUAAAUGCAAAUGAAGGUUUUAAUUUGCCGAAAAAGUUUGUUGUCAUGGAUUUCAUGGACGAAAGUUUCGAUAACCAAUUCAGGCUUGAAUCAUCGAUUCAUGAUCGGUUCAAUGAAAGUUUGAAUAAUCAAAUUGAGCUUGAAUCAUCUCUACAAGACAAAGAUGGGUCUAGCAGUUCAAGUGUAUGUGGCGGAUUGCCUGAGAAAUCUUUUCAACAAACUGCACUUUCAUGUGAUCAGCCUAAUCACCAGCUUCAAGAUCUACCGAGAUUCAAACAGACCGAUGAUAUUUUCUUGGAUUAUGUACCUGAAGAUCUUCCCUAUGUGGAUAACCUGGAGAAAUCAUUUAACUUUUCACCCGAAAAUCAAUGCAUUACACCUGGUCAACUGCAGAAACACACUGCAGCUUCAAAUUCUGAUGAUCUCCUUGAUAUAAAGGCACUGCCAGCCAACGUCUUAGACUCUUAUGAGCAAUCCAGCAGGGACGAGGUCUUGAACGAGCAGUCAUCGCUUGAGGAAUCUAUACUGCAUGAUCUCGAGAUGGUGAUUGGGCAGUUCACUGAAAAGACCCGUAUUUGCUUCCGAGAUGCUCUAUACCGUCUUGCCCGAAAUAAUGAACAUCAGCAUUCAGUGCAAGACCAGGAAAAAGAUGUUGACAUGAAAAAUGUAAUGCUACAUAUGGAUCAAAAUCAAACAGUGAGGUCUCAGGAAAAGAUUCCGAUGGAAUCGGAGACGAACUGUGUCGACAGGGUGAUUGCGAAUCUUAUGUUCAACAAGAUGGAGUAUAACAUGCACGGUCUUCCUAUGAUGACAUCAACCGUAAGCUCCGAGCAAGAAGUGACUGACAGCAAUGCUAUAUACACUAAAAACUCAAAAGCCUCAAAUCCUGCGCAGAAGUUUCACUAUCCCAACCAACAAAAACUACCAGGAGACAGCGAGGUUCCGUGGUUUGAAAUAAGUAACCAACAGAAAGACAUGAGUUCACAUAUUGAAUUUGGAAAUCCUAUGAAGAAGUCUUUCAUGCUAGAGUUUGGUUAGAUGAUGUGAUUGGUAGCUGUAGGGAAGUAGCUAUACCAAAAAUAAGAGAGAAAAAAGAAAAGAAAAACCAAGUUCAUGUAAUUAUUCGGUCCUACUAUUACCGUUUAUGCAAUAUGCAUGUGUAUAUAUAUAUGCCUUUGCAUUACA